UAUUCCCAUCGCCGGAGCCAUCUGCUUCAUUUCCUUCCUCUGUUCUUCUUCCCCUUUCGCCGGUUGCGCUAAACCCUAGCCCAAAUUCAGCGGAGCAGUUCCUGGCAAUGUCGCCCGCCGGCGCAUGGGGCAAGCCGUGGAUGUCCUCGUCCGCCAUCGUGAACGACACGCUGUCGAUGUCCUCGUCCGCCAUCGUGGCCGACACGGCGAGCGGGUACCACCUCCUCACGAUCCACGGGUACUCCCGGACCAAGGGCAUUCCCACCGGCGAGUUCGUGAGGUCCAGCGCCUUCACCAUCUGCGGCCACCGCUGGAGCAUCGACUACUACCCCAACGGCGCUCGCGCGGCCGUGGCGGACUACGUAUCCCUGUCGCUGAACCUCGACGAAGAUGUUUUGGAUGCGGUGAAGGCGCAGUACGAUUUCUGCAUCGCCGGCGAGGCCGAGGAGCCGGAGAACGUGGCGGCGCUGGCGUCGGCGCCGGUGGAAAGGUUCCCUUCCCGUACCGCCUCGUUGCACGCGAUGUUCGUCAAGAGGGAGCGCCUGGAGAGGUCCACGCAUCUGAUGGACGACUCGUUCACCAUCCGGUGCGACAUCGUCGUCGUCCACAGCUACCGGGGGGCGUCGGACGACGCCGUGGCCUUCGUCUCCGUGCCUCCUUGCGACCUGCGCUGGCACUUGGGCGAGCUCCUCAAGACCGAGAAGGGCGCCGACGUGGUGUUCGAGGUCGGCGGCGAGACGGUUGCGGCGCACCGGUGCGUGCUCGCCGCCCGCUCCUCGGUUUUCAGCGCCGAGCUCUUCGGACCGAUGAUGGAGGGAAAUGCCGCUGGCGUCGUGGUGCGCAUAGAAGACAUGAAUGCAGAGGUGUUCAAGGCGUUGCUCCAUUUUGUGUACACGGGCUCAUUGCCGAAGCCGCGGAAGGAAGAUGAAGACUUCACGUACCAGCAUCUGCUUGUCGCAGCAGACAGGUAUGGGAUGGAGCGGCUGAAGCUGAUCUGCGAGGAGAAGCUGUGCCAGUACAUAAAUGUUGGCUCGGCGGCGAUCAUCUUGGCGCUAGCCGAGCAGCACCAUUGUGUGGGCUUGAAGAAGGCGUGCUUCAGUUUUCUCGCCGCUCCAGCGAAUCUGAGGGCGGUCGUGGCCACUGACGGCUUCCAGCAUCUGAGCAAGAGUUGCCCUUCUCUUAUGGUCGAGGUGAUCACCAUGUCCUGCGCAUUAGUUGAGUGACGGAUACUGAAUGUUGUUAGACUAUUUAUUUAGCCACAUUUUGGCUAUGUUUUUGUCAGUUCAUUGCAUCUCUGCAAAUGUGUCAAUUCACCAGAAAGUACAUUGGAAUCGGAGGGCAUAGGAUGCUCAGGUUUGGGCAAUGCUAGCCCAUGGCUUGCA